GAUGGCGACCAGCUCGGAGCGCAGUCCUCCCCCAUUCCCGGACUCCGAGGACCAAGAUGUGCUGGACGCUGAAGAAGUCCGAGGCCGCGACAGUGAUGAAGACGAGGACCUCUUCGGGAGUACGAGCACAUCACCAGUGACCGAAAUGGACACCACACCGACCAGUGAUGUUUCAAUGAAGCCUCCCAGUGACAUCAUGAAUGAUCCUUUAAUCGAGCCAAUGAGCAGCCAAACAGGAAACAAGCCAGCGAGUGAACCCUCAGAUGAUUUUUUUGACCUGACAAACAAUGUUAGCGUUGUAGCUGCAGCUGCAACAAAAUCCGAUGAUUUCGUUGACAUAUUGGGAAGCGAAACUGGAGCUCAGAGAGGGGAAGUAGUAAAGGCAGAUGUUACUGUUGAAGCAACAAUUGAUAGAAGUGAAGUAACUGCUGGCGUUACAGAUCCACUCAGUCAGCAGGAAGCAAAACAAACGUCCACCACUCCAGUUAUCGACCUCAGUGGUGACUCACAGCCUGUUACUAGCAAAAUUGCUGACCCUUUGGUCGACCUCUUUAGCGAUGCUCCACCAGCUGCUGAAGCCAAAAAACCCAGCAGCGCAAACAUUGAUCUCUUUGACGACGAGGAAGGGAGUGAUAUUUUUGCAGAACCGCUGCAGACCAAGCCUGCCAAGCAGCCGCAGAAAAGCCUCUUCGGUGAACCUGACGAGGAUGUGUUUGGCGAGCCGCUGGGUGCCAUCUCAAAGAAACCCGUCCCUAAAGAGCUGAAGGAGAAAUCUGUCACAACCAAAGUUACUGCUGGGGGACCGCUGCAAGACAGUAAGCCAGCUGAUAUCUUCAGUCAGGCAGCUGCCUCCACACCCAGCGUCACCAGCACCGUCAACCCCAAGACCAAUGGAGUCCACUCUGAGGAGGACGGUGAUAUAUUUGCUGCAGAGGCCACGGUGGAGCUCUCUCUCGACAGUCCGAGGAAUGAGAGAAAAAAGGAGGCGACGGCCAAGCCAUCUGCUCCCGCCCCCACCUCUCUGCCAGCAGCUGCCAGCCUCGCCAAGCCACAGCCUCCUGCCCUGGAAGAGUUGGAAGAGGAGGAAGAGGAAGAGGAGGAAGACAAAUUUGACAUCUUUGUCUCUGUCAAAGAUCCAGAAAAAAUAGGGGAUGGUAUGAAUGCCUACAUGGCCUACAAAGUAUCCACACAGACCACACUGCCCAUGUUUCGCAACAAGACAUUCACAGUGAGGCGACGCUUCAGCGACUUCCUCGGACUUUAUGAGAAGCUCUCUGAAAAACAUGGACCAAAUGGAUUCAUUGUGCCUCCACCACCAGAGAAGAGCCUCCUGGGGAUGACAAAGGUGAAAGUGGGGAAGGAAGAUUCAUCGUCUACAGACUUUGUUGAGAGAAGAAGAGGUGCUCUGGAAAGGUAUCUGCAGCGGGUGGUAAAUCACCCGUCGCUGCUCCAAGACCCCGAUGUCAGAGAGUUCCUGGAGAGAGAGGAAUUGCCUCGAGCAGUGAGCACUCAGGCUCUGAGCGGCGCCGGCUUCUUAAAGAUGAUCAAUAAAGCGACGGACGCUGUCAGCAAGAUGACCAUCAAGAUGAACGAGUCAGACGUGUGGUUCGAGGAGAAGCUGCAGGAGGUGGAAUCUGCAGACCAGCAAUUCAGGAAGCUCCACGCGCUUGUCGAAUCCUUGGUGGUUCACAGGAAAGAGCUGUCACUGAACACGGCGAGCUUCGCCAAAAGUGCGGCCAUGCUGGGCAGCGCAGAGGACAACACCGCCCUGUCCCGCGCCCUCUCCCAGCUGGCCGAGGUGGAGGACAAGAUGGAGCAGCUACACCAGGAACAAGCUGCAAGCGACACCUUCACCUUUGCUGAAAUGAUUGCAGAUUACAUCCGUCUGCUGGGUGCUGUGAGGGGGUCCUUUGAUCACCGGAUGAAGGCGUGGCAGCGCUGGCAGGAUGCUCAGUCCAUGCUGCAGAAGAAGAGGGAGACUGAGGCCAAACUCCUGUGGGCCAACAAGCCCGAUAAGCUGCAGCUGGCCAAGGAGGAGAUCGCUGAGUGGGAGGCCAAAGUGACGCAGUACGAGCGAGACUUUGAAAGAGUGUCUGCAACUGUUCGCAAGGAAGUCAUUCGCUUUGAGAGAGAAAAGACCAAGAAUUGCAAAAGACAGGUUAUCACAUAUUUGGAGUGUCUGCUUCAAUCUCAGCAACAGCUGAUAAAGUACUGGGAGGCGUUCUUACCAGAAGCAAAAGCAAUCGCCUAAUCCUCAAACACCAGCCCUCUGGACUACAACAGGCUGCCUUUUUCUCAUACACUUUACCUCUUUUGCCUUUUAACCAAGGAAAAUGUGUGUAUUGUAAAGGGAGAUACAAUCAAUUCUGUUUUUGUUUUUUUAAAUCACCUUUAACACAUAGCUCUGUAUUCUAUUGUAUUAAUAAUUGUAUAUUUUCAUUUAACCUUCCACAAAUAUUUUCUUAAUAGAUGAAAAUAGAUUGCAUAAACAAAGAUACGGACAAAUGAAAAGAGGGGAAAAAAGAAGUGUGGAUGAACGAUUCCAUUAAUUUCCACAGGAGAAUCAUUCGUUCUCAGGAUUUCCUCCCUUGUGUUGAUCAGGAGCUCUUUCACAUCAGCUGUGGUUCACUGUUUACAGCCUGGCUGCUCUCUCAUCACAUAUUUCUGGGGACCCAGAUGAAGAAAGUGGCUAAAUUCUCACUGUUUCUUAUUGGUGACUGAAAGGGAUUAAAUAAGUUACAAAUUUGAUUUAUGAACGAUUCCAGCAGGUGGAUAAAUUAAGUACCAUCCAUGUUUUUCUUGCUUUCUUUCUAAUUUGAAGUACUAUGAUGCUGAGGGGUGCAGGGUGAUGCGCGGCAUUAGAUUAGCAGUUGUGGUCAAGGGCUUUGUCGCGUGCUGAGGUUGUGGGGUUAACGAUUUCAAAUUUCUUUCAGUAAGUGUGCAAACUUUAUGUCGGUGCCUUUAUAAAAGCGAGAAUGGUGUUUUGGCUUAAGACACCAGUUUAGGAGGAAGUCGUAGAGGGAGCUGUGAGCUUGUCAUCUCAACGCUGAUGUUUAAGAACUGCGAUUGCGCCCCAUUUACUACCAAAUAAAAAUGGUUUUAAUGUUUUCAGUCUGCCUUGCAUAUGAACCUGCAGAGACAUGAACUGGAUAAUCUAGUCCCUAAAGAUCAUGUCAGACUCUGUCUAGUUGCGUCAUGUUGGACACUUUAAGGCAAGCAAACACAGUUUAGAGGAAAUAAAUGCUGAUUGUGAUUAACCAACUCGAGCAAGUCUAAGCAAGCAGUUUCAUGCUGUGUCAGAUGACACCCAGAAGCUUUCUGGAUGGUAGGAUUCAACUUUGAGGUGGUGUAAAUAGAGCUGUAACUCACAGCAGUCUUACUUGUGGAUUAGUCCCAAGGUGUAGUCCUGUUUUCGUCUGACAGUCCAAACUAGCCCUUUGUUAUUCACUUCUAGUAGCACCGGAGGGCAAUAGUUCUUGGUUGCGUAUGCAUGUUCUCAAACACAGUGCAAAGUCCUCUCUAUCCCAUAAUGUGUACUGUUGGCUCCCUUUGUUAUGAAAAAACAGAAGGAAAAAAAGUCCAGUGAUUGGACAUGUGAGAGUGGUAUGUCUGCUAACAAGUGCAGCACUGUGGGCACAAAUUAAAGGGUGACUACUGCUGAGUCCCACAUCACUACUGUUCACUCAUUUAUUACUUCUGAUGAACAUCCAGCAGUUUACUGGAUAUUUUCACUCUAAUUUUAUGAAUUUUUACAAAAUAAUGGACACGUUCAGGGCACUUAUUCUAAAUUUGGCCACACAAAUAAAACGGUGUACAGUUGGUGAAGCGCACUAAGGGGAGUCACUUUUGAACACAGACUGUAUAGAAAAGAUGGAUGUAACCUUGUGAGCUUAAAAAUGUGCUGUUGAAAGUGUUUUAAUCUGCCAUUCUUUCUACUGGCCAGCAGGGGGCACCACCUUUGGUUGUAAAAAGUAAUUAGAUUGCACAGAAGUGUAUAAGAAAAUGCACUCAAUCAUUUUUUUACAUUGGCAAAUACUUCACAAUUGGUUUAUUAUCUUAUUUACGAAAACCUUUUGGUAAUUUUGACUCUACAGUUUGAUUGUUCUAAGUCAGAUUUACCUUUCAUUUGUGCAGAAGUUUUGGCUUCACAUGGACGUCCAUUUUUUUUUUUUUUUAUCCAGUUUGUUUAUGCAGCCUUUGUCAGUGUUUUAUGGCAUUCAUCGCUUGUGAUCAAAAAAAUCCAAGAUGAAGUUUUCUUUGAAGCAGUGAAUGUAAACACCCGUUUGUUCACAUAAAGUAGCCACACAGUUCCUUUAAUUUCAAAGGACAUACACCAGACAAAACCCAGAGGAGGUACCACCAGAUGUUUGACGUUUUCACUUGCUGAUUGGCGUAAAGACACAAAAUGCUGUCCGCGAUUUAUCAGAAAGGAGGCAACGAGAUGUCCUGCAAGAGCCGAACUGGACUACUCGGGGCUGGAUGGACGACGCUGAUUGGCAAACAAAAGAUUAAUGGCUUCAGUACGCACGCUGACGGUGGAGUGUAUUCUUUCUUAGUCUCUUCGUGUAUUUUUAACAAACCUGCGUCACAGCUUUACGUGGCAGGACUGCCAUCCCUUUUGAUUACAGCUUUAAUGUCACAUUUGCACUCAUGUAAAAACUGAAGGUGUGCAGCGACUGCGCUUCACUGUAUCCUUCGUCGUCAUUACGGCUUUCUUUUAACUUGCAGACAUUUCUUUGCCGGUUAGAUAAAUAACUAUUUUUGCUUUUAUUUUUACAUCAUUGAAUAAAAACAAGGUUGUUGGUGUGUGGUUAAAGGUGCAGAGCAAUGUCAGCAAUAUGCACUGUGUCAUAGAAACUUAAUUCAAAUCAAUAAAAGUUGCACUGUUUACACUUGGAAAUUUCAUAAAGAA